AUGUCUGACCAUAAUCUAGGUCCAAUUACUAGUUUUCAUAUGGGACAGCGUUUCGACUUUAAUAAUAGAAGUGAUUUGUAUCAAGCUGAAUCAGUUUUGUUGGAAGGUGCAAGAAAUGUAGCCGCAAGGUUUGAAGGUGAUCGGAAUUAUAUUCUAAAUAGCCGUGCAUGGACAAGACUUAAAGGUAUUUACCAGUUUGCAAUAAAUUACAGUGAUUCACGACUCACGAACCGCGAAACACAUUCUAUAAUUGUAAAAGAUACGGCUGAAGAAAUAGCAAGAAAGUUAGGAUUGGGCAGAGAAAGCCAACUAUUGGCAGGUAAUAUAGCGCUGGCCCACGACAUUGGCCAUCCACCAUUCGCACACUGGGGCGAAGUGGCAAUAAAAAAAGCUUUGGAACCUCAUGGGUUAAACUGGAACCAUGAUACUACUUCAUUAAGGAUACUGACCGAUUGGGCGGAAGAUGGGAAAGAGGGUCGAAAUCUUUCUCCGACUUUGAUUGAGGGUAUCGCCAAAAGAUUCUGGCGUUACAAGCAAAGUCAGCCACGUAGUUUUUAUAACCAUGAAAUGGUAGAAAUUCCCGAUGGAGUGAAAGCUAUAGAUAAAGCACAUGACGGUGUGAUGAAGUUCGAUGGUUUUAAUCACAUAGAAGGCCAAAUAGCCGCCCAGUCUGACCGUCUGGCUUUCAAUGUAACGGACCUUGAAGAUGGACUUCGCAUAGGGCGUUUUCACCCGCAAAUGAUAAAGAACAAUUUUCCGUUCGCCUGGGAUAUUUUGGACGAAACAGUUGAUGAAUUAAUAGCUAAAUAUAUGGUCACCGUUCCGCAUAAUGGAAAUGUUAAGUUACUUAAAUUCAGUAUCUACAAAGAUAAUGAUCUGAUGGGGCUCAUCUACCAAAGGUUCGCUGCAUCCUUUCGUGAAGCUCUAAUGCAAGAUUUGCUUGGCAAUACAAUAGCAAAUCUUCAAAAAGCCAUUGAUUCCGAAUUGAUUCAUAAUGCCGAAGACGUCCGAAAUCUCGACAGUAUAGUUGUCGAGUUUUCUCCGACACUCAAUGAACAAUUCAAGAAAUUUGCCCUUUUUUGUCGCGAAAAUAUUUUUACUGUAACAGCGCCAUUCGAGCAUAUGGUUUCUGCCAUGAUUAAUGACCAUCAAAGAGGAAAAGUUCAGCUUCCGCGAAUCUGGCAGAAGGAGUUUAACCAGGCCGAGACGACUGGCAGGAAGGUUGAGGUUAUUGCAAAAUUUCUCACUUGUGAAAUAACUGAUUGCGAUGUAAUAAAUCAUGUGCUAAAAUAUUCUCCUCAAGUUUAUCACGACCAUUUUCCACCGUAUGAAUCAAUAAGAGAUACCAAUAUAACGUGUGAUACAGCGUCUAAGCGAAUUAACGAGUUAGUUCGGAAAUCUUCCACAAAAGAUAUUGGCAUACCGAUAAUCUUUGCUGAUGACCUCGAUUUCAGUAACGAUAAAUCAAUUCCAGUUAUUUCUGUGGCGCGAAAGUUUAUUCUAAGUGUGCCAGAGCUGGGUGAAACUGUCCAGAUUACGAAAAGUGGAAAGUAUAAAUCUGGUGAAGAAUUUCAUCAAGGUGACCCUGUGAAGUGUGGAGACGACAUUAUCAGUGGUACAGGUAUCGCUUUUUAUAAUAAUGUCGAUGAUCAAUGGGUAGCUGCUAUCUCAGGGCUUGGAGGAGACGAGCGUAGUGUCAUAAUUUUAAACGAAGUAAGCCAGGAACAAGCAGAAAAAUUACAAGUGAAGCUGGAUGGAUAUAGUGAUCCAGAAAAAAUUACAAUGCCUCAACUUAAAGAAAUUCUUGCUUAUGCAGAAAGCAUGGGACUCAGUAAUCGUUACCCAUCAAACGUUGCUUUCAUAAAUAAAAUGAUGGAGAAUGUUCAAGAUUAUGAAAAUAAGGAUGGAUACAUAUAUGGAUGGAAACAACGGAAAGGAAUACAGAUCUGCCGGGCUAUUUAUAUUGAGGGUGCUGGAGAAUUGCGUCAGCCAUUUGGAGAGUCAGAAAAAUUCUAUGAUGGUGCGUUGAUUGUCAAGCAUACUACUGGAAGCAUACACGUUGUAGCUAAUGAAGUAGGUUUUCGGACAUAUUACCAUAUGGAUAACACUUUAAUCGUAAAAGAAGAUGUUCCGUUGCAAAAACCAUGUAGGAGAGAAAAAUAUCAAACAGCGCACGAAAUUAAGAGUGGUAUUGAUUCUACAAAUAUAGUCAUAAUCGGUGCUGGUGUAAGCGCGAUUAUGUCAGCCACGUAUUUAACUCAUGAAUUUCUUAAUACCACUCCUCUCGGCCAUACUCUAGAAAUAAGUAUAAUUGAUUCUAUCAACAAUCCUGGAGGGUCUACCUAUAAUCGAGGGGCACCAGCACAGGUCACUAUGGCAAAUCCGAUAGGGAUUCUGGGAAUAGAAUCGCCAACGGCAUGUAUAGAACAUAUCAGCAAAGAUCCAGAAAAAUGGAAGAGUAUAUUUCGUGAUGUGACUUAUGUAAAAGGUAAAGGUUUCGACCCAAAAGCUAGUGUUCCACAUAUCCAGUUUGGCGAGUAUAUCCGCGACCAUCUUGAAUUAACUAUAAAGCUUCUUGAGUCAAAAGAAGCUCCAGUAAAAAUUCAACUUAUUCACGACAGGGUAAUAAAAACCACAGAAGAUGAGACUACAAGUAAAAGCGUGAUAACUUUAGGAAGUGGAAAGACAAUUUCUGCUAACGCUGUUAUAUAUGCAUUAGGAAAUGCCAAUCCGAAACCGCUCACGGAUAAGUACGGUAAUGAGCUGAGCGGCAAAAACGGUUAUUACAACCUUGAUGAUCAUGCUUUUACUCUACAAAACGUGAAUGAAACAAACUUUACCGUUAUCGUAGGUACGGGAAACGGUGCAUGUUUUUCUUCUCUAUGGGCAGUGAACAAUGGUUAUAGCGGAAAAUUUCUAUUGAUAUCAAAGGAUGGUAAAGUACCGCAAGUAGCUAAUGAAUCCAGACCAUAUACCAGAACCAUGUGCACAGCUGAAGAGAUUGUAGAAGAAAUGAGGAGGACAGCAAAUAUAACGGCAGAUUACUUGAUGGAGUUAUUCAGGAAGGAGAUGAUAGUUGCUCAUAGAACAGGUUUUGAAUGGCGAGAUGUAGUAGAUUCAAUGUUCUCUGACACGAAUACGCUGUGGAGAGCGAUGAUCAAGGAUGAACAGCAGUCUUUCAUAAGAAAAUACGGAACGUUAUGGUGUUAUGCCAGAUACAGAAUUCCCAAUGAGCAAUGGGAACACAUAAACAAACUUCGAAGGGAAGGAAGACUUGAAAUUUCGGGCGGCCUGGAAUACAUAGAGAAUGCUACAGACACCGGUUUCAACUUGACUAUCAGGAACCAGGAUGGAACUAUCAGAACUGUACAUACAAAGAAAAUUGUUAAUAAUACCGGUCCAUCAAGAUGUUGGGAACAAAUGCCUGUGUGCGCUAAAGAACUGAUUGUUACCGGUUUGGCAAGAAUGCACCAUGGCGGAGGGCUCGAUGUUGAUGAUAACUUUAGACUCAUUAAUGCCAAAGGUAAACCAUCAUCGCGGCAUUAUGCACUGGGCCCUAUUGUAGCGGGCGCACAUUAUGAGUCAAUAACAAUUCCGGCCAUUCGCUCGAAUGCUGAGAUAAUGUCUAAGUCAUUAAUUCGUGAUCAUGUUAUUGCGAAAAGUAAUGGGCUGCAUUUCAGUGGUUAUGAUCAUAGACCUUACGAUUAUUCGACAAUGAGUCCUAAUAUGCUCUCCGAUAUAUUUAAGAAAACACGUUUUGCGCAGAGCCUUACAACUAUCUAUCCGCGUCAUUAUACUACGGAGGAGAAAGCUAAAUUCUACACUAUUGAAUUUGCCGAAAAAGCGCUAGCAUCCGGUGAAAUUAGCGCUCCGCCAGGUAAAACAGUAUUAUGGUCGGGUGGUUAUAUUCCUUUGCAUCCUCUUGGCUAUGGAUUAGGCAGAAUUAUCGCCGAGCGUUGGCUUGUGGAAAAGAAUGCCAAAGUCGAAUCAAAAGGCGAGAGUAAUUAUACACGUUCAGAGCUUUAUCAUACAGUAGCCAUGACUGACGCAGGGCUGCCGGUCCUAAACCCAAUGUGGGACGACUUGAGUGUCCCUUACAGCGUCAAAAAAGAAGUUACGCCUACCUACAUUUUGGGUUUUGCUGCAUGUGCCAGCGGUCAAAUCAGCCUGAAUGUCGAUGAUACAGACAUGGAUUCAUUCUUUCGUGAAGAGGAGUUGAGGAUUGUAAUGGAAAAUCCGAACAUUACUUCAGUCAGAGUAAUAAGAGUGAAUCGUGAAACAGACAUGUUGGAAGAGACUUUAUAUAUGGAUCGUCAUGAAUGGUAUAAUGCUCAGAAAGAUCAAUGGGUAGAUUCUAUAGUAACUAGAUACCAACUGGCUCGUACUAGCUGGGAAAAAAGUGAUUAUAACUGUCUGUUAUAUGAACGUAUGUCGAAGUCACUGAUCGAAGAACUAUGCGAUAGUUAUAAAAAUAUGACGAGUGGUAACGAACUUAUUGAAGGAUUUCAUAAAGCGAUUGGAACGGAAUACGAAAAUCUAGGUCAGGGGCAAGAUAAAGUGUUGGAAAAAGUACGGUUGGAAAAAUUUGCUCCCCUUGUUAAGGCUAACUUCGAGCUGUUAAACCACGACAAAGUGGAUAACGAACAUUCCAGAAUGGCUCUUAAAAGAUUCUAUGCGAGUAAAAGCAGCAAAUAACCAGUGGACAUCAGUAAAGAGAACAUGUGGAAAAUUCAAGCGCUGUUUGAUCUGUAGGUUCCGGUACACUCUAAAAAAAAAGCGUCGUGUACAAAACUCAAAGGGUUUCCUAAUGCGUUUACGAAAUGUUACUAAUCCCGUAAGAGUAUUUGAGUCGUUCUUAAAAACCUAAAAGGUCGUUUGAAGGGUUUAUUAGUCUUACGGAACCUUAGGGUUUUGUAAACUACGGUUUAGCAAAAUAGUUAGGGUUUCUUCUGAAGCCUGAAAGGUUUCGCGAAGCAGGUAAAAAACCCGUGGGGUUUUUCUUUGCCUCAAAAAACUCAAUAAAGUGGUUUACUAAACCCGUGCAGUUUUUUAUCCAACCUUGCAGGGUUUUUGACUUUACUAA